AUGAAGGAAAAAUGCAAGAACGCGGCGAAGACGCGGCGGGAGAAAGAGAACGGAGAGUUUUACGAGCUGGCCAAGCUGCUGCCUCUGCCGGCGGCCAUCACCUCCCAGCUUGACAAGGCCUCCAUCAUCCGACUGACCAGCAGCUACCUCAAGAUGAGGGCAGUCUUCCCCCACGGUCUGGGUGAUGGAUGGGGUCGGUCAACAAGGCUCAGUCCUCUGGACAGCAUGGCUAAAGAACUGGGCUCCCACCUUUUACAAACUCUGGAUGGCUUUGUGUUUGUCGUUGCCUCUGAUGGCAAAAUCAUGUACAUCUCUGAAACAGCAUCAGUCCACCUCGGCCUGUCCCAGGUGGAGCUGACAGGAAACAGCAUUUUUGAGUACAUCCACCCAUCAGACCACGAUGAGAUGACAGCAGUGCUGAGUCUUUGUCAGCCCCCACACCAUCACUUCUCCCCAGAGUAUGAAAUGGAGCGCGCCUUCUUCUUGAGGAUGAAGUGUGUUCUGGCUAAACGAAAUGCAGGACUCACAUGUGGGGGAUAUAAGGUCAUCCACUGCAGCGGUUACCUGAAAGUGCGUCAGUACAUGAUGGACAUGGCGCCGUAUGAAUCCAGUUAUCAGACUGUGGGUCUGGUGGCAGUCGGUCACUCCCUGCCCCCCAGUGGUAUCACCGAGAUCAAACUCCACAGCAACAUGUUCAUGUUCCGGGCCAGCCUGGACUUAAAACUCAUUUUCCUGGACACAAGGGUGGCAGAGCUGACAGGCUAUGAGCCUCAGGACCUGAUAGAGAAGACUCUCUACCACCACGUCCACGCCUGUGACGUUUUCCAUCUACGCUAUGCUCACCAUUUAUUACUGGUGAAGGGGCAGGUCACCACUAAGUACUACCGCAUGUUGUCAAAGCACGGAGGCUGGGUGUGGGUGCAGAGCUACGCCACCAUCGUCCACAACAGCCGCUCCUCCAGACCUCACUGUAUUGUCAGCGUGAACUACGUCCUCACUGACGUCGAGUGCAAGGAUCUUCGGUUAUCUGAAGACCAGAUUCGAGCCAAUAAGCCGGGUCUCAGUCUGACUUCAGUUCAGGACCACCGCAAACAACUCAGAACCAAAGCAGUCAAGAUGAAGACCAAACUUAGAGCAGCUCACUAUCCCGAGCAGCAGGCUGCUAGCCUCUUCCAGCCGGACCACUCGAGCUGCUCCACACAGAGGGGGCUGUGGAAGGAGAGAUCCCCGUACCCACUGACCUCCUGCAGGGAAAGGAGCUCCAGCUUGAGUCCUGAAGCAGGACAGGUGUCCUGCGGCCCCACAUACAACCUGACCCUGCACUACCCCUACAAUCACCGGCAUCUGGAUGCUCAGAGCCAGCUUCCCAGCUCAGGUCCGUCCCCCCAGCUAGCUCAGCAGAUCAUCGGCUCCCUGCACAGCAGAGGGUCUGUUGGGUGGAACAUCAACAGCCCCCCAGCAACAAAUAAGUACACAGUUCCUGUGCUGGCAGCUGACCGCAGACACCCCGAUGAGAUCUACCAUGAUUGUUCCGGCAGCACAAACCCAAAUUCUACCAGCAGGCUGAAGGAAGAACCCUACGAACAUUACACGCUUGUCCACAGCGAGCUGCCUGAGGUUUGUCUACACCCCCGUCCUCACGCUGCCAAGGACGGUAAGCGUUUUGGCCAGGAGGUCCGACAAAACACGAGAGGUGCCGAAGGACCUCGAGGUGUCCGGGCCGUCGCCUGCCCUUUGCUCAGCGGCCUGGUACCGGGUAAAGCUGAGCAGGGCGGCUCACUGCACGGCGCAGGCCAGCCUCUCCCCGUGCAGAUGGAGUUGGAGCAAAGGAGGCGGUGUAUGAUGGAGGCUCCCUACAGCCAUCCGGCCACAGCAUAUUCACAACCUGCCGAUGGCCUCCAGCAGCACGGAGCUGCUGCGGAGCUGCAGCUCCGUGCUGCUGAGGAGGACAGGAGAAUGUUGAUCGGUAUGGGGGUCGGGGUUGGACUUCCAGCCCAAGCACCGUACAUGUCUUUGAACUUUCACAAGGUCCUGGGCAAACACGGUUCCAUUAAAGCCCCCGCUUAUAGCACACUGAGACAGAUAACCGACAGCCAAUGUUACCACGGCAAAGAGACGGCCUCUUACAGCUGUAACAGCCAGAGCCCCAGCUCCGGCUCGUCACCUGAGAGCCACAGACAAAUCCCGCAUUACAUCGGCACAUCCGUCAUCAUCACGAAUGAGAGGUGACCCAGGACAG